GGACAAACGCAAAUAUCCAUGUCUAUUUGUCACACGUUUGGAGGACUGUUCCUCAGCCCAUCAUCGCACUUUCUUCCUUUCUUCUAUUCAUUUAUUUGUUUUACAGGACAUACUCUUACUCCCAUUUUCCAUUUUCCCCAUAUUGUCAUUCAUUCGUGACAUUCAAAGCGCGUCCACUCAAAUUUUACUUUUAUUUUUUGCGUCAUGGCCUCAUCAAGGGGGAAGCUCUUGAGCAUACUGCUUACUUUGUCCUUGCUGCUCAAUCUCACAUGCACGGAUGCCUUUAGAGCCAUAAUUGACAGUGAUCUACGUAAAUUUGGAUGUGCGGGAAUGUAUGGAUCUAGUCCUGGAACGAAUGAUAGUGAGAUCAGAGUGGUUAUGGAUAAAAGUUCAAAGGGAAACGCGGUAGUCGUCAUUUUCGAAUGGAAUGACAACAAAUAUGUUGGUAAAACUGACCCUGAAGAUGGAAAGCCCAUAUAUAUUUGCGAUACCGACGCCUUGAAGGCAGGGCUUUGCAAUGAAGGCGAGCUAGGCCAUGCUUUGAUUGACACGUCAGUCGAGUCGACAGUUAGAUCUGCAACGUUCAACUUCACAGAGGAAGAGCAAAAAGGCAUUCAGUACUAUCAAUAUCAUAUAGAGAAAACUGGCUACUAUUGUGUCAUGGCAUGGCCUGUGCAGGUUAAUCAAGAGGACGCUUAUUUUCAAGGUGUUCUCGACUUUAAGAACAAAUACGGGACACUAGCAGGAUCUGAUUUCCCUAAACUUCCUUUCUAUGGUGUAUUGUCGCUCAUAUAUAUGACAAUUGGAAUUUCGUGGAUGGUCCUUUGUGCAAAACACUGGCGCGAGAUCUUGAUGGUACAACAUUUUAUCUCUGGCGUCAUCUUCUUCUUAAUGGUCGAAAUGGCCUUCAACUGGGGCUAUUGGGAUGAUUACAACAAAACCGGCCAGUCAUCCAUGGCUUUGCUUGUCAUUGUAUCAAUCUUGAAUUCGGGCCGUAACAGUAUUUCGCUAUUUAUGCUUUUGAUUGUCUCCAUGGGCUAUGGUGUUGUGAAACCGACGCUUGGAAGUACUAUGAAAAAGGUCAUCAUUCUAAGCUCGGCCCACUUCUUGUUUGGAAUCAUCUAUUCUGCGGGCACGAUGUCUCCUGUUGAUGAUAUCAGUGCCAUGAUCGUGCUAAUGGUAGUCGUGCCCUUGGCGCUAACGAUGACUAGUUUUUAUAUCUGGACACUGCAAUCACUGACUUCAACUAUCGCUACACUCAAUCUACGCCGUCAAACAGAGAAGGUCAAGAUGUACACUCGUUUGUGGCGUCUAUUAGUCUUUUCGCUCACGGUAUUGUGCGCUUUUUUCGUAAUCAACACGCUCAACUUUAUGAAUGCGGACAGCGACGACUGGCCUGCAACCCACUGGCGUAUUCAAUGGUUCCUGUUGGACGGUUGGUUGAAUGUUCUCUAUUUAAUCGUCUUCACAGUCAUUGUCAUCUUGUGGAGACCCACCGAAAACAAUAAGAUACGGGAUCGAUCAACUGGAGACAGAGGAUUUCGAUGAUAAUGAUGAGCACGCAGACCAUAACAAUGCGCGCGCUGCUGAGUCCAUGGGAUUGACUGGCAUGAAACUCCGCCCUCAACGUCGUGACUAUGAGAUGGAGGACGAUGUUGCCAUGUUUGAUAUUGGCGAGGAAGAUGAGGAUGAAGAUCAGGAUGAAGACCACAAUGGCGAUGACUUGGAAGCUGGGGGUAGACCUAAUAUGCAGCGUAUGAAUUCAAGUAGCCGCGGAUCUUCUUCAAGAGGACAUUCGCCUGGAAACAAUUUCUCCAAUGAGCCUAACCAGGAGCGUGUCCAUAAGAUGUACUAGAUAGGGAUCAGUUCAAUGAUAAAGAAAUAACAGUGCAGUGGGUUUCUAUUGUUUAUUUAUAUUGGUCGCAAUAAUAAUUAAGAGAGGGUGGAC